AUGAAAGCUAAGCGUCGAUCCAGUUGGUCUAGCUCAGAGGAGGCGAUCAACGUCGUUAUAUCGGAAUUGAUUGCCGCUCGCCGUUUGACGCCGGGAUCGUCGCAAUGUAAUAGCUGUGAAGUCUUUGUCAAUUAUCGUUUGCCGUGCAGACACUAUUUUUACGAGUUUAAUGAUCAAGAAAUCUUGCAUCCCAAUAUAUUUGACAAAAGCUGGAAAUUGGUAUCAAGUACAACAAAAGUAUCUGAACAACCUGUCAUCGAAGAACUUGGAACCGAUAUCAACGAUGUUGAAGAAGAUGCGUUGGAGCUAGAUUAUUAA